AUUUUGCUUUGUACCAACGCAGUUUUACGUCCUCGUUGAAGUGUUUGUGUUGAAUUAUAAAUUGGAAGUUUGAAUUGUGCAUUGAGUAAACAAAUACACACAUAAUAUUAAGUAGUAAAAUGAAUAAUAACAACAAUAAUAAUAAUAACGGAAAUGGUGGAUGGGGGCCCUGGGCGGUUGCUACUGGUGUAGGCGUGGCUAGUGCCUUAGUGGGUGCCAUGUAUCUACUGAGUGGCUCCAAGAAGAAGGAGCCUGAGCCAGAGGAUCGCGGCCCACAAGCCCGCAAUGUUGAAAACAGGCUAACGAGUGCUCAUAGUACCUCUUCCAACAACUCCAAAGUCACAUCCGUGCCUUUAUACCCUUUUGAUUUGAUGGAAAGACUGAUGACGUCUCGCGGAGGCCCGUCCUUCUCUUCCUUGAGUAUUGAAGAGGUCCACAACAUUCCUGAAAACCCAGUGAUUACAAAUCUUAACUCGUUACUCUCGGACAUUUACGUGAGGUACAUAAAGUUGAGUGACUUCGGCACUCACUACAGGGUGUUUGACACGAUAUUCCAAGCUGUGCACAAAAAGAUGAAGGAAGUCGACCCCUAUUACCAGAAGUAUUCGAGCACGGUCCAGUGUUGCGGCAGUCAUUUCGAUAAUUUACGUAUCGAUAAACCUGAUGAAUUUGACAUGGACAUUGUGAUCGGUUUACCUAUUAAUAUCAAAGUCGAUCCCUUCAAUUCUGACAAUAGUGACAUCAUUCUAGAGGCUAAGUCUCCGGGAUACGUCCAGCUCAAGAUGGGAGUACAAUUUCAGCGACUACCAAUGAGGGACAAGGAAGAAUGGUUGAUCAACAAAACUGCGUACGAAUGGAAAGACGAGUCCAACUAUCUCCUGCGAUCAAAAUUCUGUGAUUGGUUCAAAAGUGUUGUAAACAAAGCUUUGAAUAAAUUUGAAUGUACUAGUAAUGGACGUCCCGUGUACUACGUGGAAGGAGUGCGAUAUGUAAUUGACAAGUCUGAAUCUGGACCAGCAAUGACGCUUUUAAUUAGCAACUCCUCCAGAAACUUCAAAUUAGAUGUUGAUUUGGUGCCGUGUUUCAAGUUCCCGGAGAAUCGAUGGCCAAUCAGCAAGUCUUACCGUGCAAUACCCCCGCGUUGUAAGAAGGAUUACUGGAUGGUGGUUGGGAAGCCGAACAAAGGCUCGCAGUGCUCAUAUGAUCAGUCUCGCUCCUGGCGCAUAGCUCUGCACAAUCAGGAGCGCGAGCUCAUGCAUCAUUCAUACAAUUUACGACAAGCUAUUCGCCUGAUCAAGAAACUACGAGACUCGCUACAAAUGAAGAAAAUAGCGAGUUACUACAUCAAAACUUUAUUUUAUUGGGAAGUUAUGGAAAUCAACAAUCCGGACUAUUGGCAGAAGAACAGUCCAGCGACUUUAUUUAAGCAGAUGGUAGGGAAACUGCAUCAGGCUUUAGUGGAGAGAAAUAUACCUUAUUUCUGGAACAAGCAAAAUAACCUGAUUGGUACAGUACCAUCACAAAUUUUGGCCAACUAUGAGGCCAAGUUGAGGCCCUUGUUGGAAAUAUUGGAGCAACCAUCUCAGUACAAGCUGGUCGCCAAAUAUUUGUUAACACCGGCAGAAUUCUAUGACUAUAAUUCAAUGUUUUUACAUAUCUAAAUGGUACUUAUGUAGGGUAUAGCUAAGAGACAUACAUAAUUAUACACUUACAUAAUCACAUACAUACAUAAAUACAUACACAUACAUACAUACAUACAUACAUAUAAAUAACUCAUACACAAUAAGUCUAAACGUUACACUAACAAUCUAUAAAAAUAUUUAUUUGUAUAACAUCUGUACACAGCCUUAUACACACGCACGCUUGUACACACCCUUAGCUAUACCUACAGUCCAGCCGCUAGCGGAGCCCCGGCGCCCGCGUUGCCAAAAUACCUAACGUUCGGG